AUGUCCACCGCGUUUGCUGUACCUCAGUUUACAUCGAAAGACUACUCGUCUUUCUUCCUCGCAGGUGCAUUAUGCUGCACUGUCACCCAUGGCGGUAUGACGCCAAUUGAUGUCGUCAAGACGCGCAUCCAGAUUGACCCAGCACUCAAAAAUCACUCACUUCUCUCGGGAGGCCGCUUGAUAGUAGCAGCUGAGGGCCCAGGCGCACUACUCACCGGCUUUGGCCCCACUGCUGUCGGCUACCUUGGUGGCGCCAAGUUCGCGGGAUACGAGUUCUGGAAGAAGCAGUUCGUUGAGAUCGCCGGGAGCCAAGAAUCUGCAGUGGCUCACCGUACUGCGAUAUAUCUUGGCGCGUCAAGUGUGGCUGAAUUCUUCGCAGACAUUCUGCUCACCCCACUCGAGGCAACACGUAUCCGCCUCGUCUCGGAGCGGCAUUAUGCAACCGGUCUCACCACCGGAUUCAUGCGCUUGGCACGAGAGGAAGGAUUUCAGGGCUUAUACGCUGGGUUCCUUCCCAUUCUGUGCAAACAAAUACCAUACGCGAUUGGACAGUUCACGGUGAAUGAAUUCUGCCAUGAACUUGUAUUCCGUAAUAUGUCCGAAGAGAAACGAAGGUCUCUCAGCGGUAGCACUAAAUUCGGUAUCUCGUUGGGGAGCGGAGUCAUCGCCGGUUUCGCUGCCGCCAUCCUCAGUCAGCCUGCGGACACUCUUCUCUCCCAAAUUAACAAGGGUCAUGGACCCACGGGUUCGAUGGUCUAUCGGCUUGUAACUCUGGCACGCGAAGCUGGCGUGCGUGGGCUGUUUGCGGGAUUGGGUCCAAGGAUGAUCAUGACAGCAGGAUUGGUGUCUGGUCAAUUCUUGCUGUAUGGUGGAAUCAAAGACAUGCUCGGGGCACCACCGGGGCUAGAGAUCCACAAGGAGACCAAAUCAAAAUAUUGA